GUUUGGAUGACAAAGUGGCGCGUCGAUCAUUUUAAGCCAAUCACAAAGCUUAGUAAGGCGCGCACAAAACCAAAGCCAUUGGGAAUUCCAUCUAUCGACACUCGAGUGAAAAAAGAAAGCGAUCUACAAGUAACCUAAAUUUGACAGAGCCAUAAGUACAUGUUUUUCUAAAUUCCAAAUCAAUAUAUCACUAGAGAGGUUAAGCAUGACGUUUACGGCAAACGGCAAACGGCUGGUCGACGAAAAUUUCGAUAUAUUUCGCAAGAUUGUCAUCUUUUCCUGAAAUUCCAGAAAAUGUUGUUUUAUUCGUCUCUGGAAAUUUCCGGAAAUUCCAACCGGAUUUUUCUUUGAAUGCAAAGCACUCUCUAAGUCUUCUAGAGUAACUGGGGGAAAACUUCGUGGAGGUUCUAGAGUAAAACUGGAACAAGUUCAGGAGUAACGUGGAGUAUAAACAAGGAGUAACUCGGAGUAAACUAGUCAGUUGAGAGUGACUAGGUGUGAUUUAGAGUAACUCAGAGCAACUUUGUUCACUGGCUACUUUCGUGCCGGCCUUUUCUUUUCGUUGUGUUUUUAGGUUUUUUACUUCAAGUUUGUUAAGCGGUAUAUAUCUUAUUUUGUUAUAUACAGUCGGACCUCUCUUAAGCGGCCGCCAAAAACACUUCUUUGGCUUUGUUUUGGAAAAGGCUAUGGUAAGACUGAGUACGAGUUCGACUAGAAAGUGGCCACUUAUAAAAAGUUCAUUGUGAUUAUCUUCACUUUGUUCAAUGUUGCCGCAAGCAUGUCUCUGUUUGGAAUAAAUUGACGUUUCUAUCAAGCCUCAUUCUAAUCAACGCCAAAGAGAAAGAAACAGAUUUGAACUUUUGAAUUUUUUUGAGCUGUUUUCAGAAAAAAGAUUGAAGAUGUUUUGGUAAACACAUCCGUAACAUCGAAACUCAAACGGACCAACUUGAAUUUACAUGAAGGGUCACUACCUUGGCUAUUAUGUGCAAGCUGCUAUCUUUAAUAUUUAGUACUCUCUCGGAUCGAGCUUAUUAGUACUACUGCCAGCUGCACUGCUGGAGAUAAGUCCAACAGUGAAUUCUGUUUGAUGGAUAUAAGUCGUUAUGUUAUCAGCCAAGAUAUCUCAACUCUCAAUUAAACAGGCUAACAAGAGUUAAAUGAAUUUUGAUCAGUUACGUCAAAUUAUUAAUGUCAGGUCAAGGCCAUCACGACCGGAUAACACACAAAUGUUAAAAUAAAUAUAUAUAGUAUAUGUUAUCUUCUUCUUUCGUCUGUAUAUCCGAUCAACCUGAUAUAAUUUUGUCACAAACUGGUAUGUUCAAAAUGAAUUGGCUGUUUUAGUCUAUAUAUAUAAGGUCACGGCACUGAGAAUCAUCUUCUUUUCAGAUAAAUCAGAUCACGCUGUUAGAAUAGGGUUGAACAAGUCAUUGAAUCCAUCAAAGAUCCGUAUCCUCUACUACAUGAACCUUGACAAGAAAUCCAUUCAGAUGAUAUUCCUCCGUGCUCCCAACCUCUUGUACUUCAAGAAUGUGAAACAAUUUCAUUACCACGUGAUUGCUGUGUCGUAUUGAAUGUUUUCGAUCAAGUCCUUCCAGUUCUUGCUUAAACGAAGAAAUUUGUAAGCGUUUUGCAAACGUUUCCUCCUCUGUAUUAUUGCGACCUGUGAAUUGUGCCAAGAGAACAAAACACCUUGCCUUUUCAUUAUUCUUCAUGACGUAGUAUUUCCGAAUUUUCCGUUAUGUGGUAAGUUACUGUUCAUAUACAUUUAAGUUAUGCAUCCCUCGGUAAGUACUUAUAAGGCUGAAUGCGUUUCUUAGGGAGGUGAAGGCGAAUAAUAUCAACACGAUUUUACUAAUCUAACAUUUAAUUAUUUUUGACAGGAGGGGGAUUAGUAAAUGCAUGAUCUAUAUUUAUACCGCAGGGCCACUUUUGGUAUUUGCGUAAGAAGUUCCAAUCCACCUAAACUAGGGUUUUUGCGUCAGGAUAUUUGGGGGCUGUUUACGGCUGUUAAUAUUUUUGAACCGUGAUGAAUUCAGUUUUAAAAGCACCGUUAAAAGCGCGAGUGAUACAGUUCCUUUUAUAUUGGAUUGGGAAACAGUGUAUUUUUGUGGCUACUAACUCCUAUAGGAGUCGAAGCCACAAUGUUAUUAGUACCGACAUAACAAGGUAUGGCGAGAGGUAGUCGAGCGAAAUACUCAUGGCGAGCGCAACCCAAACUGAUAUGUCAACGUAGCCUACCCAAAAUGGUUCGAUUAGGUAUGUAUUCCCACCCAAAUUCGUUCAAGUGAGCAUGAUAUCGUAGCCCUAUCACGUCAGUGACUUGAUAUCGUAGGAUAUCAGAACAGUAGACACGGCUUCUAAUUGCCGGGCUUCAUUGCAAAAUUGGGUACGGUAAGAAAUGAUAGCGGCACUUGGCGUCAUAAAGUACUUUUCUUCAGCCUCAAGUUUAUCUACUGCAUGCUCAAUAAAAAGUACCUUUAGUCAGCGCUCUAUUACUGGGACUAAUUUAUUUCGUAGAGAAACAUCUCCCUCCGCAUGUUGGUCCAACGAAAUCCUUGUAGUUUAAAAUCAACACCAGUCGGACGGAUUAUUUUGCUCAUAAUUCUUAAAUUUCUUGGUAUGGCUGUCCCUUAACUUCUCCAAGAUGAGGUUUAGAGGCAAAAGUAGAACUGGAUUGAUCGGACACAGUCGCACAUUCUACAGUCAUUCGCCGCGUGUCCAGACAGGGCCAGAGAGGUAAUGGGUCAGUUGCAGACCUGCAGUUCAUGAUCAAAAGCUAUACAUGUGUUUAGCCAAUAAGCGUUUUGUAUAUUAUUAAUACUUCUUUUUGAAGAUUCGUUUAUCUUUAGUUUUACAACAAAGCUAAUUUUCUGUAUGUUUUUGUUAUUAUGCAGGCAGUGAAUAUUUUUGCUUUACACGUGAAAGAAUCGUCUUUUUUAAAAAAUAUUGUUUUCUUAUACGAGGGAUGUCGCCGUAUUUAAUUUCGUGGCAAUUGUGGAAAAUAUAAUUAUUAUUACUUUCUAGCAAACCCCUGUCUCUUGCUAUCACAGCAGUCGUGGUUUCGAAUCCCGUUCAUGUCGGAAAACGUUUCACAACUGCGAUGUUCUUUCGUGUAUCAAUACAGGAGAAUUCGUGACGCAAUACAUAGCAAACGUGCUUCCCGUGCAUGAGUGACUUUCACCUCCGCUAAAUACCAUGCAUGUGCUGUUAAUGACUUCAUUAAUAACGGACUCUGACCGAGGUUCGCUUUGGAAGAUGCUUAUUUUAACAGCAAUCUUCAUUUUUGCCCUUAGCCCGGGACAUUGCCUGUCAAAUGAUCGCUACAUAUGGUACCUCUUUCCAAAUGCUACAAAUCGUUUACAUGGAUACCAACCACAGGUUAACCAAUCGUUUGAAAGCGAGGUUCUCCCCAGUGAUUUAAGAGUUACCACUGACGAUAAUGUUAAUGGGAUUUGGGUGCCAGCAGGAGAAAAGGUCAACCUUGGACAGUUUUCUGCUAGCUGUCUCGCAGAUGCUGGAGUCUGUCAAAACUUCACUGUCUCGUUUUUGUUUAAGAUCAACGGAUCAAUUCCAGAAAAUAAUACUGUAGACGUCAUCCAUCAAAUGCCACUAGCUGAUGCGGAAUACCUUUUUCAGUUUAGUGUCCAUAACAAUGGCUCCCAUUACGUGGGUGGUGCCACUGUAGCUCGUGGUCCUUACAGAACAGACGUAACAGGUGUAAUUCAACAAAUAGACAGAUGGAUUCAUGUCGCAAUUGUCUAUACCAAAGCAGAUUAUUUGGAACUCUUCCUCAACGGUACCAAGGAGCAAUCAAAUGCUUCUUCUGUCGCUUUCAACGGCUCCACUCAAGCCAAUAUGACCCUUGGUUCCUCUAAUAGUUCGAACGGUUUUUUCCUGAGUUAUUUACAAAUUAUUCGAGUCGCGAUCAGUCAAGCUGAUGUAACAGCAUUGAAAGACCAGAGUUUCACUCAAGCUACAACUCCCAAUCGAACAACCGUAACAGUAAGCCAGUCGUCAAGAGUCUUUAGUGAAUCAGAUGGAACAGUAACUAUCUUCAUUGAAAGAGAAGGCAACCUUGCACUGGUAUCAAUAGUGAUGUACUCCUUAUCAAAUGGUACUGCCUCAUCUUCUGAUUUUACCUUUCAAGACUCUCAGAAUGGAAAGCUGAUCUUUAAACCUGGAGAGAUCUUAAAGAGUCUAUCAGUGCAAAUUGUAAACAACACUAAACCAGAAAUGAAUGAAUCCUUUGCCCUGUCGUUAAAUUCAGAUGACGAUGUUACAAAUGUUCCUGGAGCUGUUCAAAUUUUCAUACUUGAUGACGAUAUCGACGAAUGCGUGAGUGGUCCAUGUAAAAACAAUGGAACAUGCACUGACCUGGUGUUAGAUUACAACUGUAGCUGUACUCCAGGAUUCAGUGGAAAGAACUGCAGCCAAGAUGCCUACCUGUGGUACCUGUUUCCCACUGGAGCAAACCGCGUCUACGGUUAUGAACCAGUAACAAAUCAGUCUUUUGAAAGCAACGAACUGUCUCCUGAAAUAAAUGUCUCGAUCAAGGGCAAUUCAUAUAGCCUCCUCGUUCCAAAGGCCAACGAAGUCAUCCUAGGACAGUUUGCAGAUCCUUGUUUAGAAAAUGGUUCCGUGUGUGAUAGUUUUACCAUUUCAUUACUAGUUUAUAUCGAUGGGUCAGUUCAACUGGAUGUGGAUGAGGAUGUGCAUGUACUUGACACCAAGUCAUCGAGUCGAGGUUCGUUCCAUGUCGAGUUCAUGGUCACCAAGAAACUCGCUCGUCUUGAGGGGCAUGCUUUUAUUGUUGGUGGUAACUCUUCAACCCUUCUGGAGAGAAAAGUAGAAUUUCCUGCAACUGACACUUGGGUUCAUGUUGCUAUUGUGUACUCACUUUCUGGAAGUCUGGACUUGUAUAUGAACAGUGUGAUGGUUACUGCAUCAGAUCCAGUAAUAAGUACUCCUUGGCAAAACGACGGAUCAGCCGUUCAAUUGUCCUUAGGUUCCACUCAAAACAAACGUGAUAUUUUUGUCAGCUACUUUCAAAUCAUCAAGGGCAGCUUAUCUACGGAGGAAGUAGCGCAAUUGGAGCAAGAAACUCGACAACAAGCUACCAGCCCAUCGAUGGCACAGUUAGAGUUGAGCCAAGAAAACAUAGCCGAAAGCGAAGACACUGGCUUGCUCACAAUCCCCUUGUCACGAACUGGAAACCUGUUGAUAGCAUCAGUAGUAAAAUUUUUCAUAAAGAAUGAAACUUUCAUGUCGUCAAGUCAAGAAGUUGUUAUUCGGCCUGGAGAGACAUUUGGAAACGUCUCGGUAGUGAUAAUGGACGACCAAGUACCUGAAGAAAAUAACGCCUUUUCAGUGACAGUAUCUCCAUCGGACAGUGUAACCAUUUUUUCACAAAGGACUGUGAACGUUACUAUAUUAGACAAUGACAUUGAUGAUUGUGCUGAGAGCCCGUGCCAAAACCAGGGAACAUGUAAUGAUCUGGUGAAUGACUACAACUGUACGUGUAUCCCUGGUUACACUGGAAGAAACUGUACACAAGUUUCUUACCUGUGGUAUUUGUUUCCAACUGGAGCUAGCCGUAUUUACGGCUAUGAUACCGGAAGCAACCAAUCUUUUCAAAGCAACGUGCUGCCAGCUGGCGCAAAUGCGACCGAAAGGAACGACUUCCAUGGACUUUGCAUACCAAUGAAAAAGGAAGUAGUUCUGGGUCCCUUUGCCGAUCAAUGCUUAGGAAAUUCCAAUUCUGGCGACAAUUUUACAAUAUCAUUCCUAGCCUAUGUGAAUGGGGCAGUGGCUGAAAAUGAAGACGUACAUAUCUUGUAUUCUACUCCCUUAAAUCAAGGAUUGUUUCACGUACAGUUUACCGUCACUCGAACUGUAUCACGCUUAGAAGGACAGGCGUACAUUGUAGGCGGGAAUUCCACCACUCUUCUUGAGAGAAAAGGGCUAUUCCCCGGUGUAAACACGUGGGUACAUGUUGCAAUCGUCUACUCACAGUCCCUUCAAGAACUUGACCUGUAUAUGAACAGUGUAAAGGUGACAGACCCCACUGCAGCCAUUCCCUGGAAUAACAGAGGAUCAGCUGUUAACGUUUCCUUAGCCUCAACUGGAAACAUAAAAGAAAUCUGUGUCAGCUAUUUUCAGAUCAUUAAUGAUGCUAUAACAGGGGAGGAAAUACAACAGCUUGAACAGGAAAGUCGAACACAAGCCUCCACUCGCUUUAUGGUGGAAGCAAAGUUUGUCAACGCCAACGUGAGUGUUAAUGAAGAUGUUGGCAAGUUGAUAGUUCCUGUUGUGCGGGAUGGAAAUGUCCUCAUAGCCUCUGUGCUAACAUUUAAAACAAUGAAUGAAGAUGCCAUAUUCCGCUUGGACUUUGAUCAUUCUUUAAAUCAAGAGCUCAUAAUCAAGCCUGGAGAAAAGUCUGCCGAAAUCUCAGUGAAUGUUACGGAAGAUAACCGUCCUGAAAAAAACGAAACUUUCCUUUUGACCUUGAUGUCAUUAGACAAAGUAACUACCAUACCCAGUGGCUCCGCAAGGAUAACUAUCUUGAACAAUGAUAUUGACGAAUGUGCCCCUAAGCCAUGUCGAAAUGGUGCCACGUGUGUUGAUCUCGUGAAUGAUUACAACUGCACCUGCGCCUCUGGAUUUACUGGAAGAAACUGCAGCGCAAAUAUCGACGAUUGUGCAAUGGGACCAUGUAAAAACAAUGGAAAAUGUCAGGAUCUCGUCAAUGACUUCAAAUGUGCAUGCGUUUCUGGUUUCACCGGAAAGACUUGCAGUGACGAUAUUGACGAAUGUAGUGCCACGCCUUGCAAGAAUGGCGGUGUGUGCACCAACUUAAUUAACGAUUAUAGUUGUACAUGUACAGCAAGAUUCGAGGGCAAAAACUGUUCAAAUGUUUCACCGUUAGCUGAAGACGAAGGAGAUGAGUUACUGCGUACCCUUUUCUGGGUGUGUAUAGGAGCCUUGGCUGUGUCUUUCCUAGCACUGAUAAUAGCUGUUCCAUACUUUUGCCACAAGCUGAAAAGAACAGCUAAACUAAAGCAGAGAAGCAACAGGAAUGGAUGGCAAUAUACUGGAGAGUUGUAAUUUGUAAACAGAUAAACUCCUUCAUUAGAAGCUAAAGGUGUUUGGUUUCAAACUAUACCCAUAUGACUAUACCAUAAGCUCUUAAGGAACCUUUUGCCUUCACUACACAACCGAACACACUCAAAGGUUGAGGCAUGGGCCUCGUUGGUCAGCCAGGCCCAAGAUGUGUUUUAAUUGUGGCAAUAAGCUUAAAACAAAGCGGAUAAGAGAUAGAUCAAAUAAUAUCCUACAUGCACCAAAGCCGGACACGUAAACCCAAAAAUCUCUUGUAAGGAAAAAUAGGGACCGUGUACCCCGACCAAAUGCAGUGGCACCACCACGUUUGGAGUUUUAAGGUUGAUAUAAAAACAACAGAAUGAAAUAUAAAUCAGAUAACGUUAAUAAAACAAUAAAAAUAAA